AAAAAUUUUAAUGUGUUAACCUGUCAAUAAAAAGGGACAUAUGAGACAAUGCGUUGAAGAUAAUAUAAAUAGAUAAAUUUGAUAACUGCAGCAGUAGUUUCUGUGAUGGGAGAGAAAUUGUAUUUAUAGAAGGCCAUUGAACACCUUCUCACAGGAGCACCUUCAAGCUUGUGUGACCUUCUAAACAGAAUUUGCCCAGUCAUUAGGCCUUCAGAUUUUGAAUCGCCAUUCAUGGCUGCAGCCUGCAACUCAUUCUAUCUAACUGCAUGGAUACUUCUGUGCCUGCACUUCUUUACAUUUUCUUCUAUAACUCCACAGGCCGAGGCUCGAGCAUUCUUCGUUUUUGGUGAUUCUCUUGUUGACAAUGGCAACAAUAACUAUUUAGUCACCAGUGCUCGAGCAGACUCCCCCCCUUAUGGAAUCGACUAUCCAACUCGUCGCCCAACAGGCCGCUUCUCCAAUGGCUUCAACAUUCCAGAUCUUAUUGGUGAGCAAAUGGGGUUGGAACCAACACUGCCAUAUUUAAGUCAAAUUCUCAAUGGAGAAAACCUUCUUGCUGGGGCUAACUUUGCUUCUGCUGGUGUUGGAAUCCUCAAUGAUACUGGAAUUCAGUUUCUCAACAUUAUUCGAAUCUGGAUGCAGUUUAAUUACUUUCAACAGUACCAGAGUCGAGUAAGUGGCCUGGUUGGAGCUGAACAAACUCAAAGACUAGUUAAUGAAGCCCUUGUGCUCAUAAGUCUUGGUGGCAAUGAUUUUGUCAACAACUACUAUCUAGUACCCUAUUCUGCAAGAUCUCGACAAUUUUCUCUCCCAGACUUCGUUAAUUAUCUCAUAGUGGAGUAUCGCAAGAUAUUGCUGAACCUAUACGACUUGGGAGCUAGAAGGGUCCUUGUGACGGGUACUGGGCCGAUGGGUUGUGUUCCGGCGGAAUUAGCCCAACGGAGCAGAGACGGCGAAUGCGCCGUGGAAUUGCAGAGAGCUGCUGCAUUGUAUAAUCCGCAGCUAACUGCAAUGCUUAGUAGUCUAAAUAGUGAUCUUGGAGCAGACGUUUUCAUAGCUGCAAACACAUUCGAAAUGCACAUGAACUUUAUUUCUGAUCCUCAGACCUACGGAUUUAUUACAUCAAAAAUAGCAUGUUGUGGACAAGGACCAUACAAUGGGUUUGGACUGUGCACACCAAUAUCCAAUUUAUGCCCAAACAGAGACGUGUACGCAUUUUGGGAUGCUUUCCAUCCGACCGAAAGGGCCAACAGAAUUAUUGUGCAACAAAUCUUUACUGGUUCAAAUAAGUUUAUGAACCCCAUGAACCUCAGCACUGUCAUGGCAUUGGAUUCCAGGACUUAAAAUGAAAAUCCCUUUUCGUAAGUUCAAAUUCGAUGUAGUCUGAUCCCAAAAAAAAUUCGAAAUUUCUUGAAUUAUGACGUGCUUAUUUUAUUUAAGUAUUUUUUUAUUGGAUUUUUUUUCUAUCUGUAACUUUAUUUUGUAAUUCAAGCUGUUUUGCUUGUUUUAUCUUUAAAAUAGAAAUGCUCGAUUUAAAAUUUAAA